GACGGUAGCGGAUAUAAGCUAGUCGAUGUCGACCGGUAGCCCAGCCGAGGUGGUGGUGCGGACGUACGGUGUCCGGUGGUAUCUACUGACCAUCGUCUCCCUCCACUGCUGGCUGUAUAACGCCGCGUGGGCGGAGUUUCCACCCAUCGCUCAGUCCGUAAAGCUGGUCUACGAUUGGUCGGAUUCCAACAUAAACAUGUCGUUGAAUUAUGGGAAUAUUGGUACAAUUCUGAUGAUUUUACCUGUUACUUGGAUCGUGUUUGCAAAAGGAAUGAGGUAUGGGAUGAUUUUCUGUACCAUGCUGACGGCUGUCGGAAUCACGCUGAAAAGUCUUCCGCUCAACAACAGCCUCAGUUCAUGGCUGAUCCCUGUUGGGUUGUUUUUAAACGGAUGUGGUGGAGCCGUGACGUCAUGUGGACCGACUGUCCUAUCAGAGACUUGGUUCCCGCCCACUCAAAGAGCAACUGCUACGGUGUUUUACAUCGUCAGCGCCGGAAUGGGCGGGGCAUUCGUUUUUGUCGUAGGGCCCGCUGUUGUACCAGAGCCAAUCGUUAUAUGUGAUAAUGUCACGUGGUCAAAAAAUUCAAACUGCAGUGAGCAAAAUAAAACUUAUCCAAAGUGUGGUGUCGCCGUGCUGCUAUUUGUUUCCGUUCUGAUAUAUUUCCCCAACAAACCGGAACACCCGCCCAGUAUCACCGCCACCAAAGAGAGGCUCGGGAUGUGGGAGGGGAUUAAAACAGCGGUCACACAGUUGAGGUUUUGGCACCUGGCGUUAUGUUAUGCUGUCCCCACGGCGGUAUACGGGGCCUGGAUCACCACGUCAGAUGUUGUCCUGCACCCUUUUGGAAUCUCUCAGAUAUCUCAGGUAUACAUUCUGACAGUAUCGGACCUACUACAGAGGAAGACGAAGUCUAUAAUGGUGGCCAUUUUCAGUAUCGCUACCUUGUUUUUCCUUCUCUUCGUACUGUUACUGAAGAAAGUCAUACCUACUGAAUCGUGGUUGUUUUAUUUGACCUUUAUUGCGGCCUGUGUCCUGACCAGUGGCGCCCAGCCCCUCUACUACGAGAUGACGUGUGAGAACCUCUUCCCCGUGUCAGAGGCCACUAUUUCCGCCUUCCUAUCUUUUUUGCUCAACAUCGGCAGCACUGUCUUCCUCUUAAUCUCACUUAUACCAAACAUAGGGAAAAUGUGGCCGAAUUGGGCGAUAUUUGUGACGUCAUUCUUAUCUGUGUUGGUAUUAGCAAUGUUCAAGGAGGAAUACAGAAGACUAGAUAUAGACAUACCAAUCAACCAAUCACAUGACUCUGAGUCAAGGAUCAACCAAUCAAAUUCCCCGAAACCAGAGUAUCCAAUCAAUCAAUCAGAUACUUCCCAGUCAGAAUAUUCAAUCAACCAAUCAGAUAAUUCCCAAUCAGAAUAUUCAAUCGACCAGUCAGACAUUUCCCAGGCUGAAUAUUCAAUUUACCCAUCAGAUACUUCACAAUCAGAGUAUUCAAUUGACGAAUCAGAUAUUUCCCAGUCAGAAUAUUCAAUCAACCAAUCAGAUGCCUUUCAGACAGAGUUUCCUAUCAACCAAUCAGAUGCCUCACAGUCAGAGUAUCCGAUUAACCAAUCAGAUGACUCUCGGUAUCGCAGGUUUUAGAACUAACGCACAACAAAACGUCGAUUAUCCCGAACCGGAGCGGGACACUUCAAUUUCAUUGAAAUCCACCAGAUUUGAUUAUUAAUCAAAAUGAGCGGUCGGUUACAAUCAUGAGUGUUUCAGUCAGAGAUUGGUAACUGACAAGAAUACACUAAUCAGGGUUUAUACAAGACCCCGACUUAUGGCUGGAUCGAAUUCUAAAGAGAGUUUUUCCCAUUGUUUCUGUUGUUUUCUUGAGAUGAGA